GAGAGAGAGUGAGAAGGAGAGAGAGAUAGGAAUCGAAGCAAAGAUUAGUGUUCCAAUAAUAAUCAAGGGAGUCACUUCGCCAUUGUCCCCCUCUCUUUUCAGGACUAGUCCGAACCUGGAAUUUCCGCUACCAUGAUGGAAUCCAUAGACUGGAAAGAAGUAGUCCUUACUAUUUUCCGCGUGUGGUGGAUGUGCAUAUACGGAGUAUACUGCAUGGCAGAGUCCAUCUUCAGAUUCUUCUUACCUCGAGAUUACCAGAGGAAGGAAAUCAAAGGCGAGAUUGUCCUGAUCACGGGAGGGGGGUCGGGCAUCGGACGCCUUUUGUGCCUCAAGUUCGCUGAGAAAGGAGCGAAGAUCGUCACGUGGGACAUCGACGAAGAAGCAAAUGAAAAGACAGCCCGCAUGGUAAAGGAGAAGGGCGGCAUUUGCCGGUCGUAUACCGUUGACCUGUGCAACCCCAAGGACAUCUACGCAACCGCCACGAAGGUCAAGCAAGAAUUUGGGAAGGUUGACAUUUUGGUUAAUAACGCGGCCAUAGUGACGAGUAAUUCCUUAAUGAACAGCCUUGAUGAUGAUAUUAUUCAGACGUUCGAGGUCAACGCCCUCAGUCACUUUUGGACAGUUAAGGCUUUUCUCGGAGAUAUGAUGCUGUCCAAUAAAGGACACAUCGUAACUGUGGCUUCAAUGGCUGGUUGGAUAGGAUACAACAAAAUGGUCGACUUUUGUGCGUCGAAAUUUGCUGCCGUCGGAUUCGACGAAGCUCUUCGCAUGGAACUGAAGAGCUCCAUAAACGAUCUAAAGAAUCCUUACGUUACUAAAUACCCUCGACCGAAAGACGAUAUUGGGGAAGAGAGCAGGAAACCUCUCGAAGAAAGGCUGAAGGUCGCUGAAAAUGAGAGGCUGAACUUGAUGGAAGCUCAAGCCAAGGAAAUUAGGUCCUUGCGAGAGCGUCUCACCGAAACUGAAAGGCAAAAAGAGGAGACGGAAAAGACAAAUAAAACUCUUAAGGAAGCUCUGUCCGAAGCGCAAGCCGAAGAAGACUUGCAAGAAAAACUCGAGGAAACCAUAGGCAACCUCAACAAGAUCUCUGAAGAGAAACGUCUAUUGAGAGAGCACUAUUCAGAGAAAUUCUCAGAGUUGCAAGAGGAAAGACACCAGCACGAACUAGACUUCCAAGAAUUAGAAAAGAGUUUGUACGUAGCUAAGAUGGAAAACAAAGAACUCAUGGAAAAAGUGCCGGAUAAUCUGGAUAAUCCUAGCACGUGGCUUUUAAAAGAAUCUGAGGAGAGGAAUCGAAUUUUGGAAGAGGAAAUCAAUAAGCUCAGAGAAGGCAUGAGAGAUCUAGAAAGCAGCUACAGAGAAGAGGAAACAAAAGUUUCAGAGGAAACGGAAAAAAUGAGGAAGUGGUUUUCGGAAGCUCUGGAAAGGUGGGAAAUGAAUGAAAAAGAGAAAGAGAGAAUGAGCCUCCAAACCCUCCAACUAGAUCAAGAGAACGAGGAGCUACGCCUCCAAAUUUUCCAGCUGGGUCAUGAGGCAGAGCUCCUUAGAAAAUAUACCAACGACUUAGAAGAUUGUCUCAUCCAGAUCUAUAGUAUCACUGAACAACAGCAAUUACUGUCGAUUAAAAAAUUACAGCUGAUGCAACAGAAAAAAGAAAAAGAGCACUAGGAAACAUGAUAAAGCAAAAGUAAGGUUAACGAAUAUAUUGAAUUACAGUUCAGUACAAUAAAGUACAAAAAAACAGAAAUAGUUUCUUUAACCGGAGAUCUAACCUUUACAAAAUACUCAAAUACGAUUACAAAUUAUAGCCUUGGCCAAAGGUAUUAGGUUGCCUGUCUAAAAAGACACUGUAUAUUGUAUAAAUAAUAUACCGUUGGUCAGGUAAGGUAAUUUCAGGUAGUGUGAAUUUAAAUCAACUGAUAUUCCUACCUUCAAGUUGAGGCAAUGAAUGUUUAUGCUUAAGUCUAAUAUUUUUCUUCGUGCUCUGGUUUCACGAGAAUAGCAGACCGAUGUUAUCUUCGAUAUCACGAUAGCACUAAAUAUCGUAGUUGAUGUUAACACGAUCGCCAGCAAUAUGCCAGACAUUCAAGGAAUCAUCAACAGAACUUGAGAAAGCAUAAAUGAAUGGUAGGAAGAGGAGAGUGAUACGAUUCAAGAAGUAGAACAAGAAAACAGCAAGACAGUCUACAUUAAGUUUCCCAGUCAUGAAUGGCUGCACAGACCGAACACUGAAUAAAAAGGAAAGGAAUCAAGCGUCUCUCUUCUCAUAAGGAGGCUUAAGUGUAUAGUUGAUCUAUGCGUUUACAGUUAUAGUGGUACUCUUCAUAUCUAUCUCUGAUUUACAUUUAGAUGUAUAAUGCCUCAAGCCCUUUUGUGCCAAAAUAACCACUGUCUUAUUUCAUGUGAUUACGCAACAACCGUGCAACUUAACGUGGGCCAUGCCGUUUCUUAACGUCU